AUGACGCAAUGUAGUUGCUGGAGGUUCCUGCGGCUGCAGCUGCGCGCCGCGCGAUGCUUGGGCGACAUGCCGGCAGCUGCUGCUGCACAUGUCGCGCUCGCACGUGCCCUGAGCAAGGAGCAGCCCAAGAACGUUGAGGUUCUGGCUCACUGGCUUGGGCACCUCCGUGCUGGUGGGACGGAGGAGGUCGCUGUCCAGCAGGUGAAUGUCUUGACCCGCUUCUGGCUGGACCGUCCGGUCAGCCUUGCAGAGGCAUCGGAAUGGAUGGAGACCUGUGGCCUGGGACCGCGCCGCCUUUGA